AUGCAAUGGGCUGACCUCCGAGGGCUGAGCAGCUCGACCCGAAGAGGAGUUGCCCGGAUGACCACGACCGCCGCCCGCCAACGGCUACCGCUGUUGCUCCCGCCGCGCUUACCGACGCAGCGAUGGCGCAAUAGGGCCCGAAUCGCCGGCGAGGUGCGGCCCUUCUCCGCGGCAGCGGGCCGGAGGACCGACAAGCCCUCGCGGACGCAGCCGAGGCCGAAGCCCCCCUCCCUGUUCGAGGAGCUAUUCCCGGAUGAGGACCCCUGGGCACUAUCGACGCGCGGGGGUAAUGGCCAGCACCAACGGGGAGCCCCGAACCCAUCGAGCAAGGACGAGGGGGGCGGGAAAGUCAAGGUCCGCUACCUGACGUCCACGGACACCGGGAAACCCGACACGACAGAGUACCAGCAGAAGGUGCUCAAGUACAAGCAGAAACCCAGACAAGCCGAGCACCACGCGUCGUCCGCAGCCAUCGUCGACCUCCUCGAGUCGCGGGCGCGCGCGAAGAAGGACCGGCCGAAGGCGGCAGGAGGAGAGAGCCCCUCACUCUUCAACGAGCUCUUCUCGAACCGCGAUCUCGGACCAGUGGCGUCGGGGGGGACAUCAGGGCGAGCAGAAGCCGAGCAACACCUCUCCGAGGACCGGCACGUCAACCACGACGACCUCCAGUCCUGGCUCGACUCUCUCCCCAAGGGCGACGCCGAUACCGCCGCCGACGCAGCCACCACGGCGAUGUCCUCGACCACCCGCCCCGCCAUGCUCGUCCUCUCCAACGCCAGCCCAAACCUCCAGGAGAGCGACUUCUACCGCAUCGGCCCCCAGGGCCACCACCUCGACGGCUGGUCCUCCUCCAUCCGCAAGGUGAUGCAGGCGUACGACUACAGCACCCUCGAGCCCAUGAAUCGCUACUUCAUCCUCUUCGACUCGUACGCCGCCGCCGAGUCCUACCAGAAGGAGGCGCAGCGCCGCCACGCCGCCGCCCGCCGCUCCCUCCUGUCCGCCACGGCUCCCCUGGCUUCCUCCUCCCGCGCCGUGGAGGGCGGCUCGGCGCCUUCUCCCUCAAUCUUCACCCUCGCGCCGCCGUCCAGGGCGCCCCUGAGCCUGCACCUCUACAAGCUUGACCGCGCGACCGAGGCCCGCCUCGGCACUUUCAGCGUCCAGGGCCUGCUGAGCAUGACGCCCGAGCCCCCCCCGCGCGCAAACUCCCACGUCAUCCUCUGCGUCGACGGCGGCACCGUCGACCAGCGCAUGCUGACCCACUGGCUCCGCCGCGACGGGCGCGAGCGGAACCUCGGCUGGCCAGUACAGCACAUGCGCCCUUACUUCGCGCCCAAGGUCGACGACCGCACCGUCGCGCCUGACGAGGCCCAAGAGGUCGACGACGAGCCCGGCUGGCGGGACGGCGACGGCGACGAUGACGCGCCGCCGCCGCUGGUCGACUCUGAGGGAAAGCGGAAGGGCGGCGGGCCCGACGAGAACGCCAUGUCGGCUCGCUUCGUGCUGUCGUUCCCGGACGUGCACGAGGCGCGGCGUUUCGUCCGCGCGUGGCACCGGAGGGAGUUUGUGCUGACCAACGGUUCGACCGUUGUGUUGAACACCUACGUCAGCAGCUUCUUCACCAAAAUCACCUGUAAGAAUAACAUGUAG